AUGAAUUAUGAACCUGAUUCCCUGAACGGUGAGGCGCGCGUGCUUCCAGUUAAGGAUGCAGUAAUUAUGACCGAAGGCCGCAGCAGAGACGAGACGAGACAAGACGAGACGGCAUGCAGGCAGCAGACCCCUAUUCUACUCUACUCGACUUACACGCUGGCCCAGUAUGACAUAUCGUGCUUUGCUACACCGUUACUGCAUAUAUAUACCAACAGGCCUAGUUUGUCGGUCCGGGUUCCGAUGGGACGAAUCCAUCCCACUGUCCACAUUCCCUACGACAUACCCCACGGGCUGGCAGCCAAGAAUCAAGCCCCAAACGUUGCCGAACUGACGUACUGGGCGUGGCCUGUUUCGGGGUCUUGCACUGCAGACCCGAAGGGUUGCACCGUCAUAUCGGAGGCCCUCGUGAACAUCUCCAUUGUCCACGCCACGUCCUCGUCUUUGCUUCAGGUCUAUUGGUAUUUCCCAGUGCUUACGGUUCAGCCCCAGAGAUCUUUACCAGAUGAAAUGUCUCAUCUCAAGUGCCGAAUGCUCCUUGAAACAUACAGCAUCGGUACCAACAAACUCAACGAGACGGCAUACCAUACCUCAACUACAUUUUCAUCAGGAACCUCUUCUUCCUCCGUUACCGAAUCCGUCUCAUUCAACUUGCCCCAGGAGACUUUGGAUCAGCCUUCCGAGACUUCCACCGAACAUUCCAUGGAGGGUGAGGGCCAGGAAACUUGCUCAACAGGUUCCGCUCACUCCAGGCCCAGGACCAGAGCUGCCCCCCCUAUCAAGCAAGCCGUUAGGAAGCCCUUUAACAACCGGUCACAUGCUCCCACCUCUUUCGAGAUGAAGCCUCAAUGCUGCAGACAAGUGCUUUGCUUCCCCGAAAGAAGUCAGAGGAAGCUGAGGAGGAAUUGUCAUGCGGCGUCUUGUGACCAUGGAACGCAGUUCUAUUCCAGUGAGGUGUAUGUCAUAACAUCGCCAACAUGGGGCAUCACUGGAACUUAG